AUGGCUGAAGCGAAAGUCAAACUCGAGCGUGACGACACGCCUAUGACAGACGUCGAUGACUGGACACUUGUGGACGUACCUGCCGUGGACCCAGCAACGACAAAGCUACAGAUGGACCACAUCAAGACUGAACGCGAAAGUCUUAAGCAAGUGUUGAUCAAGAGCAAACAAACGAAAGGUUUCCCGAACCCCACGCAGGAGCAGUUGGGAUUGCUCAAGCGACUGGACGACUUUUUGGUGUGGCUUGAAUUGAAACUGCACAUGACGCCAGAAGUGGAACGUGAGACCAAAGUUGGCAGCUUUGUCAACCAGGUCUAUAACCCUAUGCUGUGCCUGCCCCAAGCGUAUGCCGCAAAAGUGGAAGCGCUACACAAGACGUGGCUGGCGUCCAAUUGGGGGGAGGUUAAGAAAGAAGUCAAGAGGGAAUCUGACUCUGAUUCGGCGGUGGAAGGCAGCGAGUCCCCACCCAAGCGAGCUCGUGCUUCCGCCCCUGGAUACACAACAUCGCACCUCCCUCCCCCACAAGACCCUCUCUGGGGUCUCAACGGCAUUAUGCACGGCAUCGCCAUCAGGACCGGCGCGGACGGAAGAAGGAGCAACUUUACGGAUCCACGUUACAAGAGAGAGAAGCGUGAAGCUAAAGUCUUCGGCCAUAACGGCCUUGAGAAUGGCGCUUGGUAUCCAUUUCGACUGAAUGCGAUCUUUCACGGAGCACACGGGGCUUCGCAAGCUGGAAUCUCCGGCGAUUUGCAAACAGGAGCCUAUUCUAUCGUAGUUUCCAAUCUUUACCACGAGUUUGACGAAGAUCUCGGUAACACCAUAGUUUACUGUGGAGCUGGAGGCAACGACAACAUCGAUCCUAACAGAGCGGCGAAGUCUACGGGCACGGAGGCCUUGCGAGCAUCCCGUCAGAAUGGACAGAGCGUGCGGGUUCUGAGAACAGCGAGCGGACGUUCUGCUUGGGCACCGCGUGCCGGCCUUCGAUAUGAUGGGCUCUAUCGAGUUGUUUCUGUAAACAACACUCAGCGUAACCGCUUAGGCGGUAUGGUCGAGACUUUCAAGUUGGUUCGAUUGGACAAUCAGCAGCCCAUUGAUCUAUCACGACCAACGGCACAAGAAGUCAGGGACCUAGAACGCGUACCUUCGACGACGAUUGGAGCAAGCUGGACUAGUAAAAGGGAGUAG